AACCAUGAGCGGGAAACAGCCCUCCACUGUGCUGCUCAGUAUGGACACUCUGAGGUGGUUUCCGUGCUGCUUCAGGAGCUGACUGACCCGACUAUGAGAAACAACCGGCAGGAGACACCUCUGGACCUGGCAGCACUUUAUGGACGUCUGCAGGUGGUACGCAUGUUGGUGAAUGCUCACCCUAACCUCAUGACUAGUCACAUUCGCUUGCACUCUCCGCUUCACUUGGCUGCACGCAACGGACACCAUAGCACCGUCCAGACUCUUCUUGAGGCCGGCAUGGACGUCAAUUCUGUGACUGAGAAUGGCAGUGCCCUCCAUGAGGCGGCUCUCUUUGGGAAGAUGGAUGUGGUUCGUCUUCUGCUGGACUCCGGAAUCGACACUAAUCUGAGAGACAGUCAGGGGAGAACAGCUCUGGAGAUUCUGAAAGAACACUCUGCUCCUAAAUCACAACAAAUAACUGCUGUUAUUCAAGAAUAUAUGAUGGACGAGAUGGACAAGCAGAGUUUUGUAGAGCCUGUUCGAAAGGGUCCCGUUCCAGCACCUCGAACGUCUGUCCCCUCGCCAUCUGCUUCCCCCUCCCUCAGACACAAGAAUGAUGCUGUGACAAGUGAACUGUCAAAACUGCUCCACGAGAUCAAAAAGUGCCGGGACAGAGACUACUCCUUCGAGGAGUUGUGCCACACCAUCUCCUCCCACUCCAUGGACAGCUUUGGCAGUGGGCGGCUGUCUGAUGAGGAUCGCCCGGAUAGAUCCAAUGGCACUCUGACUCAAAGUAGCAAG